GCGCGAGGAUGGGUGAGCCCGGGGCGCGCGCCAGAGGGUGGCGAGCGCGCAGCUGGGUGAAGGGGGCUCGAGGGUGGGUGAGCACAGCGCGUUUAUCUCAGGUGUCAGAGGAGGUGCCCCGCAAGGAGGAAGGUUCUGGAGAGUCGAUGAGGAAACUGAGACUCAGAGAUACUGAGUGACUUGCUGAAGAUCACACAGCUGGCCCCCAAGAUGGAAACUGACUACCUGAAGAAGUGCUUUGGAAAUUGCCUGGCCCAGGCACUGGCAGAGGUGGCAAAGGUUCGGCCUAGCGACCCAAUAGAGUACCUGGCUCACUGGCUUUAUCAUUAUAGGAAAACCACAAAGGCAAAAGAAGAGAAUAUGCAAGAGAAGAUACAGUUGAAAGAGAAAUAUGGCAAUAGCCUCAAGGAAGUAGAAAUGACGAAAAUGUUGAAGCAAGAGAAGUGUCAGAUUCAACAGGCAUGUGAAAAGUGUCAUAAGGCACCAAUUUCUGAAGCUAUUUCCACAAAGAAGACCACAUUCAUGCAGGAGCAUAGUAAACCCCUUGAGAAGGAGGCCUUGACGCAGGAACCCCUGCCAGGUACUUCCAAAAUGAUUCCGGGAAUGCCCCAGCAGCUUCCUCCUUUGGAUGAGACCGACCAGAACUUCGAAACUCCACAAGACAUAAAGUACCAGGAGGCUUGUCUGAAUAAAGUUGCUCGCGGCAUGUCUCCUGGCUUUACAUCUCCUUAGAUUAUCAGAGGCUGGAUGAUUCCAAUGAUGCUUCCCUUGAAGUUGCAAGACAAGAAGGUGGCUGGCUAGAAGAGCUCUGGCUUAAAAAUGACAAUUAUGUAGCUGAAACCGUGAUUUGAGGGACUGUGGCAGGAGGCAUCUGCAAGGACUCUCCAGCCCAAGUCCCUUUCUGACAGCCAUCAAAAGCCCUGAAUCAUGUGAAGAUUUGAACUAGUUGUAGGAUAAAAUCAACUCAGAAUAGGGAAUUUAAAUAUGUCAACUCUAUCCUUCCAGUUGCUCAGAGCAGAAAUCUUGGUGUCAUCCUUGGCUCCACUCUUUCUGGCAUCCUAGAGUUGGUCUGUUGACUUUCCACUUAAAAUACAGCCAAAAUUCAACCACUUCUCACCUGCUCCACUGGCAGCACCCAGGCCGGAGCCACAAUCAUCUUCUGCCUAGAUUGCAGUCACCUGUUAACUGGCUCCCUUCCUCUGCCCUUACCCUUCAAUAGUCUAUCCUCAAUGUGCCAGACAACGUGAUCUGGGUAAAACAUAAGUCAUAGCACGUCUAAUGAGGGCUUCCUAUGUCAGUCACAGAAAAAUCCAAGGCCUUUCCUAUGACCUACAAGACUCUAGGAUCUGAUUCCCCAUGAUCUUUCUACUCUCCACAAUGUUUUCUCCACUCCAGCCACAAUGACCCUUUGUGCUUCGAGCAUGCCAGGCACAGUCUGAUCUCAGAACAUUUGCUUUCUCUUCUCUCUGCUUGGAAUGCUUACACUCUUCCAUCUCCCACCUCUUCCCUUGUUUCUGCAGAUCCUCUCUUCCUUCAGGUCUUUACUCAAAAGUCGCCUUCCCAGUGAGGCCUUUUCUGGCCCAUCCCGUCUAUAUUUCACUACCACCACCGACAAUGUUUUCUACGCCAUUUCCUGCCAGUCUCUCUCAGUAGAGUGUGGGCUCCAUGAGAACAGAGACUAUUUUGUUGACUUCUGUAUCCCCAGCAGUGCCCAGCACAUGGGAUGCCCAAUAAAUAUUUGCCAAAUGGGUGAAUGAGGAGUGUGCAACUCAUAACAGGCAUGGGAAAAUGGCAAGCCAGCCUGUUUUGAUUGGCACAAGGAUUGGUUUGCAAUUUCCAGGCCUCUGACCCCUCCCUCCAGUCCAGGAUUGGCUGCAUAAUACACAGGGUAGUGCAAAAUGAAAAUGCAGGUCACAUUGUACAAAGAUUAUUAAGUAUUUCAAGACUGUGACAGCAGCGUAUUAAACCAGUGUUCUAGUUAGCUAAUGCUGCCAGAAUGCAAAACACCAGAAAUGGAUUGGCUUUUAUAAAAGGGGGUUUAUUUGGUUACACGGUUACAGUCUUAAGGCCAUAAAGUGUCCAAGGUAACGCAUUAACA